AUGGGUCUUUUACCAGCGUAUAUCGACAAAAUAGAAGAACUAUCCAUAUCAGAACAAGACACACCUGGUCAAUUGUAUGCUUUUCUAUCUUUUUUUCCAUCAUUUGCAUUAUUUAAACAUCUUCGACGACCUUAUUUUCAUUUUAAUGAUGAAAAUCUUGAUUGGAACAGUGUUGAAAAUGCUCUUUAUUCUUUACCAGAAACGACUAUCGACACUUUAUCAAUCAAAGGAAGUAUCAAAGAAAAUAGGUACUUAUUGGGAAAUACUAUUGCUCAUAUUUUUGGCUUAAAAUCAUUAAAAAGAUUUUCUCUUUUGAGCGACUUCGAUCGUAUGUACUGGAAUAAUUUAGCAAAGAUCUCGUCAAAUAUUGAACAUUUAACUAUUUCUGGUAUUAAUUGUAAAUUUCAAGAUCUACAAUAUAUUUUCCAGUGUGCUUCUCGUCUUAAAUAUCUUGAUAUUGAAAUAGCCGGUAGAGGAGUUUCAUUUCUCAAUGAAAAAGAAAAGCGUCCAAAAAAGAAUAUUGUAGUAAUGUUGACACUUCGUACACUAGGCUUAUAUUUUGCUGACAACAGUUUAGUCACGAUGGAUAUGUUAACAGAAUAUUUGAAUUCGAUGCCUAUUUUAAAAUAUCUUGAGAUCAAAGCACACAGUGAACUUCUUGAUGCAAAUGCAUGGAAAAUGUUUUUGGAAAUAUCAUUACCAUCAUUAACUCAUUUUACUCUUCGAACAACUUCAUCUCGUGUCGAAGAAAUUGGACUCCAUAAUAUGCUCUCGUCAUUUCAAAGUUCAUAUUGGGUAUCAAAACAAAACUUUAAUCUAAUGAUAACCGAACAUGAGCGCUGGAAUUAUGUUGGUUUCGUUACGGCUGAUACAAUGACAGUUUGGCUCGACGAAGCUGCAUUUGAAGAACCAUAUUGGCGAACAUUAGAGACCUGCACUGAACCCUGA